AUGGGUCUAGACACCACCGCACUCAAAGUAUUGCUGGCCGGACUAUGGUGGCCCACCCUCUAUAAUGAUGCAUGGGAAUGGGUGGUGGGCUGUGAUACUUGCCAGAGGUGGGCUGAGGCGCGAGCACUGUUGGAUAACUCAGCUUUGACUACAGCCAAGUUCAUUUAUGAACAUAUCAUCACAAGGUACGACAUCCCAAUACAACUGACGAGUGAUCGUGGUGGGCACUUUGUGAAUCAUGUCAUCAAACUGCUCACGUUGAAAUUCAAGAUUUUUCAUUCCUUGUCAAGCCCGUACUACCCAAGGGCCAAUAGGCAGGCCGAGGCCACUAAUAAAAUAUUGGUGUCUGUGAUCUAUAAGUCCUGUGGAGUUGAACAAGAAGAUUUGGAAGAGAAGUUGCCAUCCGUACUAUGGGCAUAUAGUACCACCUGCAAAGUCAUGACAGGCCAUACACCCUUUCAGUUAAUGUACGGCCAAGAGGCCAUUGUGCCGACAAAAUUCAUGGUUCCGAGUUUAAGGAUUGCAAUCGAGAAUCGCCUAGGAGAUAUGGAAAGCCCGCAGGAGCGGCUGUAUGCAUUAGGCAAGUUGGAUGAACGUAGAAUGAUGGCCCAAUGGGCCACUGAAGCUGCCCAACAAAGAUGA